UCUUGCAGUAAUAAUAUGGAUGUUGCACAAGCUGAUUUCGCGCUCAACUUACUAAAAGUAACAGCAGAAUUAGGCAAAUCUAGCAUCUUAUCACCGCUGUCCAUAUCAACAGCACUUUUCAUGCUUUACGCUGCAACAAGUGGCAGGACGAGGCAAGAACUAAAUGAAGAAAUUGAGGCUUACAUCGAAAAACUUCUCACGGAUGUUGCCAGUCAAAGCGGAAAAAAUUAUACAUUAAGUAUAGCCAGUCGUAUUUACGUGCGUCCAACAUUAUCCGUGAAACGUAGCUAUUACAGAUUCAUGACAGAGUUUUAUAAUGAACGUGUAUAUUCUAUUGACUACAACAAAAUAAGUCAGGUCAUUCAGGUGGGAUUCUAAUC